GUUGUCAAAUGGCGACUGUGGCCACGGAUGUGUGCCUCCUACUCGCCGGUUCCUUGUUUUAUCCUUCAUUAUAUUACGUGCUGAGGAAAGGUUUACAACGUAUAUGGAAACAGAGAUUGUCUGUGUGUGACAUUUUCGAACUGAGCUUACGAUGUGUCUCGAGUAUCCAAGCACUCAUAUCGUGUGUGGUGGGAGUGCUCAUCAUCACAUCCUGCCAAGAUAUCAUGUAUGAUCAGAGCUGGCUCACCAACAAUUAUGCAAAGUUUGUGGUGCCGUACUUCUACUACGACACUUGGGCCAUGUACAGAACUCACUGGUACCUGUACCCUGGGGUGCAGACGAUGACUAGAGGACAGCGGGUUCAACACUUCCUGCAAUCCAACGCCAUGAUGAUGGUCCACCACGUUGCACUACCCCUGGUGUUUUUCCCUUUAGUGCUGUAUUUUCGAGAAGGAAAGGGUGAUUUCUUUGUUGGAGUGUUUUAUCUCUUUGAAAUGGCUGUACCAUUUAUUGCUGCCAGAUUUGCCUUAGUGCAGCUGAAGCUGCAACACACCGUCCUGUACAUCGUGGUGGGGCUGAUGAUGAUUGCUAUGUUCUUCAUCAGCCGUGUGUUGAUAUUCCCAUAUCUGUACUGGUCGUACGCUCGUUACAAGGACAUCCCCAUCAGCCACGUCCCCUACACCAUCCCCAUCAAGUGCAACGUCAGCUGCCUCGGACUCCUUCUUCUGCAGUUCUACUGGCUGUACCUAAUGAUCCGGGGUGCAUUUAGAGUGUUUUAUAAGAUCUACCUUCAAAGGAAAAGCAGCUGAUGGCUACACCCUGAUGUAUACAGAAUCUAGACGAUGUAUACAUCAAUGUGACCCUACCAGGGAGAUAAUUCUACCCUUGAUGAUGAAACAUCACAUCUUUUAUUCAUCCAUCUCAUAAGGAAUAACUGAUCAGUUGUAUAAACAUAUACGGUAUUUGUCAUAUUGCUUCCUGACUUUCUCAUAGACCAGUCUGAAAGUAAUCAUUGUACAAGCCAGUGUAUAAGACCUCAUAUCUGCACAACAGUCCAUAUGUCCAUGUGUAUUUUACAGGUUGUUACAGAUAAAAGCAUGUCAGAGGGGGUAUACUCCUCCAUCUUAUCCAAUAAGUUUUAUCAAAGUUUCAUCAGAGUUUUAACCAAAUUCAACAACUUCAACUUGUGUACAUUGGUUAGAUGUAGAGCUCCAGAUAAGAUUUAGCUCAUG